AAAACGUGUUGCUUCAAAUCAAACGUUGAUUUAAACGCAAUUUGCGUUAGGUGGCCCAUACACCAUACUACCAUUCAAUAUAGAUAAUUACACAAUAUUAUUUAACGUGUAGGGGUAGUAUUGGAACAUUGCACAAUACUUAAACAAAAGUUUGAGCGAGCUUAAAUUUAUAGUGCCCCAUACACCAUUACAUAUUGUACAAACUGAUUGUGCAAUAAUAUUAUUGAAGGGUAUUGUAUAUGAGCAGGCCUUACCGUUUGUGCCGUUUGUCACGAUCCCCUUUGUCAAUUUAAUGACAAUUUUUUUUCACUUGUCUAAAUUGUUGUUUAUUUGAUGGUACUAUACGCUUUCUUCUUUUUUACGACGAUAUUUUUGCACCGAUGAUAUAACAACAAGAAACGAUUUAACACCGAGAGGGAGCGUCGACAUCGCGCACGACGAAUAUUUCAUAUUCGCCGGCUCCACAUUUUCAAUAUUAAUAUUGACAGAAUGAUGAGGUGACACUCUGCUGUUCUGCAAUGCGAAACAGAUCUAUUGGAUUGAUUUUCAUAUCUAUAUUCAUUUGGGGUGUGAUAACUUACUUCUUGUUCCUUGAUCGCCCCAUUGGCAGACAAAACGAACAUGCACUCACUAAGCAAAUCAAGAAACUUAGCAGCGAAGUCAAACAUCAAAUAUCAGCUAAUCAACAACUUUUUCAACGAUUGUUACAAAGAGAACAAAAUAAAAUGGAGGAAAAAAAAGCAGCGGCUGCUCAUAGCUCUCCAGAAAAAAUAAUCGAAAGUGAUGUUAAAGAUGAAGGUGAUACUGGAAUCGACAAGGAUUUUGUGGAAAAAACGUCUACGAAAAGCAAUGUGGAUCUAAUUCCAAAUGUUUUUAAUCCCGAAGAUGUUUCCAAAAAAAAAGCAAAGCUAAGGGAAGAAAAGUUGCGUGGCAUAGCAAAAAAAAAAACUCUACCGAACGGAUCACCGAUAAUAGCUGUUCUAGUAUUAUCCUGCGACCGCCUUACCGUGCGACGGUGUCUCGAUCAAUUGAUAAAGCAGAGAAAAAAUGCGGAACAAUUCCCGAUAAUAGUUUCUCAAGACUGUGUGCAUAAAGAGACCGCCACCAUUAUUGAAUCGUACGGUGAUCAAGUCGUACACAUACAACAACCCGAUCAAUCUGACAUGGAUAUACCCUUGACAGAGAAAAAAUUCAAAGGAUACUUCAAAAUUGCCCGACAUUAUGGUUGGGCGUUAAAUCAUGUUUUUGUGGAAUUGGAAUUUGACACCGUUAUCAUCGUGGAAGAUGAUUUGGACAUAGCCCCAGACUUUUACGAAUACUUUCUUGGUACUUACCCAAUUCUCGUUGCUGACGAAUCCCUCUGGUGCGUAUCGGCAUGGAAUGAUAAUGGUAAAUCUGGGUUGGUUGAUGAAAAUGCAUGGAAACUCCUCUAUCGAACCGAUUUUUUUCCUGGUCUUGGCUGGAUGUUGACGAGAAAAUUGUGGUCUGAGUUAUCACCGAAGUGGCCCAGAGCAUACUGGGACGAUUGGAUUCGGCAGCCUCAGCAAAGAAAAAACCGAGCCUGCAUUAGACCUGAAUUAUCGAGAACAAGAACAUUUGGAAAGAUUGGCGUGAGCAAUGGACUUUUUUAUGAGAAACAUUUAAAGUUUAUAAAACUCAAUGAGGAAUUUGUGCAUUUUACCGAGAUGAAUUUAACUUAUUUGUUGAAAGAUAACUAUGACAUAACCUUCGUAAAUGAAGUCUACCAAUCGACAGUGAUAAGUUACUCGGAAUUGAAAAGUGGAAAUAUUCAAUCGCGAGGGUCAGUGAGAAUUCCGUACUAUACGCGCCAGUCGUAUAAAAAUACUGCCAAAAUGCUGGGACUCAUGGAUGAUUUCAGGAGUGGAGUUCCAAGAACGGGUUACCGCGGUGUUGUAACCUUCUUCUACAACAAUCGACGAGUUCAUUUAGCGCCAAAUGCAAAUUGGAACGGUUACGAUAUUACCUGGAGCUAACACAUAAUUCGACAUUACAACAAAGACCCAUGAGAGGUAGUAGAAUGGAAUUUUCAUUAGGAGCAAUUAAUCAGGAAAGCUAAAUUUCCGAAAAAAAACCUGUUUAUAUGGCGUUCGUUGGUUGUGACGUCCUACGAAAGGCGACUUCCAAAUGGUCUUUCUAGAAUGAAUUCCACAAGAACCUUAAUUCAUUUACUGUACUUGGCUACGUUAGAAAAUGAUCUCAUUUUUUUUUUAUUUCCAAGAUUCUGAAUUCCUACAGGAAACCUAAUUCAUUCACUGUAUAUUGUACAAUAGAUCGCAUAUUUUUUAAUAGUUAAAAUUUUUUUUCAAUUGAUUUUAUUGACAAUGCAAAUAUAAAAACUCAUUUAAAACUA